AUGGCCCAUCUACGUGAAUCACAUGCUGUCGUCGUACACUGCGACGCGGACUAUAUACGAGCUGUCCACGGUAUAUCAGAACUGUUCAAUCGUCCCUUAGUUACCCUACGAGCAUCUUAUGCUAUACCUUCGACUUCCUUAUCCUUCAAACCUGAGGAAGUCAGUGGGGAUGUCCACAUGGAUGGUGAAGUACCUCCACAAGCCCCUGCUCCUGAAACUUCAUCAAGGUCAGGUUGGUUAGUAGGUGAAGAUCUGUCAAACGCGGAGAAGGAAGAUGGAUUCGCAGACAAGUACGAGUUACGUUGGCCAUUCAGGUCGAGCAAGUCGGUAGACGAUUGGGAGGGUCGAGAAUAUGUCUUGAUACACCUAUACACGCUGCUGGGAAUAACCAUAACAUCUAACUCAUCACCGUUACUAUUCAUCCCACCACCGACACCGACUUUACCUCUAUCCAUUCAAGCAGCUUAUACUCAAAUAGCAUUUGAGACACUCAACACCCCGGCAUUCUCCUUGAUACCGUCACCUUUAGCAUCGAUAUACGCACUGGGUGCAACAAGUGGGAUUAUCGUACAUAUCAGUUCCGUUGAAACUAGUGUAUUCAUAAUAACCGAUUCAGUCGUACGGUGGGAAUGCUCAACAACCGUACAAGUAGGUGAAUUAGAUUGUAGAGGAUUCUUAGAAAGUUUGCUGUUAGAAGAUGAAUUAUUGGAUAAAGAGUUGAAAGCUGCUUCGGGAAAAGAGGACUUGUCGAUAGAGGAGAAGGAGAAAUUGGUCAGAGAGGUAUCUCAAGUUGUUUGGAAUGAAUGUACGGGUGAUGAUUUGGAGGUGCCGUUCCUGAAAACUGGAAAUAGAUCGAUAGUAGUUGGAAACCCGAGUGGGGUGGUUGGGGCGGAAAAGGAAGAUGAUUCGUUUGAUGUUGCGAAGAAACUUGUAGGAGACAGUGCACCUGCACCGACAACCCAAUCGCAUAAAUCCAAGAAACAGCAAGCAGCAGCAGCAGCGGCAGCAGCCAAAUCAGCUCAAGCGGCCGCAGAUGCUGCCGCUGCUGCCGCGGCUUUACCUCAACCUAUCGAUGCGAUAGUGAUCAACAUCCCUUCGCUACCUGGCAAAGAGAUCCAGCUAGGUCCAGUUAGACACCGGCUGUGUGAGCCUUUGUUGCUGGGUAAGGAGAAAGGCGGUGAUACAGUUUGGGAAGGUGUGGGAAGGGCGAUCGAUAAUGCCUCGUUGAGUUUGGGAGAGAGAUUAGGAUUAUGGGAAAGUGUUGGUGUGGUCGGUGAACUGGCUAGGAUCAAGACUUUCUCGCCAGCACUGAUAACAUACCUAUCCCCAUACCUCCUAUCUUCAGCCGAUCUGACAUCUGACUGCCAACCCUCCAAAAUACGUUUACUCAACAUCCCAGAUUACUUCGCCAACUUCAAGAACUCCACAACGGAAUUAGCACCUUUCCUAGGUGGUUCACUAAUUGCCAAAGUCGCUUUCUUAGACUCGCAAGGGAAACAUGCGAUAAGUAAAGUUGACUAUAAUGCCAAGGGUCCGGCUGCUAUAUACAAUGUAUCUGCGGACGGUCAGUGA